AUGGAAAUAACUCGUAGAAUAUAUUUUGUUUUCUUGGGAAUUGUAUUUACAAUAUUAAUUGAUUUAUAUUUAAGUGCAUCAAAUAAAGUACUUAUUUUGUUAGUAUUUAUUCGAAUACUAGGAUUAUCUAUUGCUUUUUUUUAUCGAAUUAUUUAUGAUAAUUAUGAUAACAAUGUUGAUUAUAAUACAACAAAAACAUUUUGGAAUCCAUUUAAAAAUAUGUUUGUUAUGAUUGCAGCUAUAGAACAAGCAUUUGUUAUGUAUUAUAUAGAGUUUUCAUUAAAUUUCCAAUCAAUAUUAUAUAUAAUUCAACAAGUUUCAAUGCCACUUUUUGUUUAUUUAUGGAUUCGACGUAUAGAAAAAGAAAAUUUUAGUUUUCUACAAUAUAUUUGGUUUGAAAUAUUUCAUUCAACAUAUGAUCGUGAUAUUAAAUCAAAACGUCAAGAUGAACUUCUUGUACUUAAACGUCUUUUUCGAUAUAGUUUACCUGAUUGGAAAAUAAUUACAUUUGGAACAAUACUUUUAUUAGGCGCAGCUUUAUGCACAGGUUUUCUUGGUGGAUUUCGUAUGGGAGUUUUUUCUCUAUGUAUUGCACGUCUUAGUAUACGUUUACGUACAAAAUUAUUUCAAUCAUAUUUAAAACAAGAAAUUGGUUUUUUUGAUACACAUGAAAGUGGAAAAUUACUUUCACGUCUUAAUCAUGAUACACAAGUGAUGAGUUCAAUAGUUGCUAAUAAUAUAGGACAAUGCAUUGGUGCACUUAUUAGAUUUAUUGGUACAUUAUUUAUGAUGAUUAAAUUAAGUAUUCAUUUAACAAUAGCUUGUCUUAUUGGUGCUCCUCUUAUUUUAAUUGUUGCUAAAAUCAGUGGUAAUGCACAUGGUCGUAUAGCAGCUAAAGUUCAAGAUUUAUCAGCUGAAGCAUUUGAUAUAGCUGAAGAAACAAUUCAAACAAUACGAACAGUUCGGAGUUUUGGAAAUGAAGAUGAAGAGUUGAAAAGAUUUGAAAAUACUCUUCGACAAUCAUAUCAAGUUUCAUGGAUACAAGCACUUGUAACUUCAGCACAAAAAUGGUUUGUUGACUUAGCACAACUUUGUAUGAGUAUUAUCAUGCUUUCAUAUGGUGCAAAACUUGUACGUGAUAAUUAUAUAACUGGACCUGAUUUACUAGCAUUUAUUAUUUAUCAAUUAACACUUGGUGGAAUUUUAAGUGAUAUUUCACAAAUUUAUACAUCACUUAUGACAGCAGCUGGUGCAAGUCAAUCAGUUUUUGAUUAUUUAGAUCGUAAACCAAUGCAAAAGCCAAGUGGUAUUAUACAACCACAUGAAUUACAAGGUGAUAUUGAAUUUGAUAAUGUUUCACUUAGUUAUCCAGCAAGACCAAAUGAAAUUGCUAUUCAAAAUAUGUCAUUUAAAAUAAAAUCAGGUCAAACAUGUGCUUUUGUUGGACCAUCUGGUUCUGGAAAAUCAACAUGUGUUAAUUUACUUGAACGUUUUUAUGAUCCUACUCAUGGAAAAAUUUUAAUUGAUGGUCGUGAAAUUCAUGAAUAUGAUCAUAAAUAUCUUCAUAAAAAAAUAGCUAUGGUUGGACAAGAACCAAUUUUAUUUAAUAGAACUAUCCAAGAAAAUAUUACUUAUGCUCUAAAUAAUAAUGACGAAUCAAUAAUGAUUCAAGCAGCUGAACAAGUUAAUGCACAUGGAUUUAUUAGUGAACUUAUUAAUGGUUAUAAUACUAAAUGUGGACAACGUGGUGGUCAUUUAUCAGGUGGCCAAAAACAACGUAUAUCUAUUGCUCGAGCUAUUAUUCGAAAGCCCACUAUACUUGUUUUAGAUGAAGCAACAUCAGCAUUAGAUCCUGUCAAUGAACGAUUAAUUCAAGAUGCAUUAUAUUAUAAGAAAGAUAGUCAACAACCUCGAACUGUACUUAUAUCAGCACAUCGAUUAAGUACAAUAGAACGUUGUGAUAAAAUAUUUGUUAUACAUAAAGGACAUUUAAUUGAACAAGGUACACAUGAUGAAUUGAUGACAAUUGAAAAUGGAAUUUAUCGAGAACUUGUUCGCCGACAAAGAAUGAAUAUUGAUGAUGAUUAG